AAUCUCUCUCGACUCCUGGGAAAGGGAGGGAGAGAUGAGAGGAAUCGGAGGGCCGUUGCUGUCGAUCGGGGAUCUGCUCGCCGAUCUGGGGGAGGAAUCCGGUGAGUCGCCGGAGAAACGUGAAACUCCUGCAUCGGAUUCAACAUUAGGAUCUGAUACAGUCUCUGGAUCCUUGGACCUCACCAGACUCUUUCAGGAAAACUAUGAUAAGUUGAACAAGGCAUUUGCGGGUUCAGAUCACUCAUGGACAGCUCUAACUUUGGAGCUUUGCACUGCACUAGAAACGGCAAACAAGUUGGUCAAUAUCACCUAUACGAAUGCUAGAUUGUUGUCAGAGAAGGUUGAAGAACUCGAGAACGUAAUGAAGCGAGGAGACUCCGCUGUGGCAGCGGCCAGAAUAAUCCAUGCUUCUCUAAACCAGAAAGGGUCACCCUCACAUGACGGUUAGGACAUGCAACAAUUCAGGUACAAACUCACCUGUCGGGUGCUUAGAUUGCUUAAUCUAAGCUUUUCACGUUUGUUCUGCUAGAUAGGCUUGUUGAAAAAGAUCUCCUUUUAAUUUAAUUAAAUGGUGUGUAAAUCUGAUCCUGAGGUGAAAAUGACAUAUUCACACCUUCAAGGAUCGAGGACAAAAGUAUUUCAUCUUCUAAUGGAAGUUGCAUCAUAUACAUUUUUUUCUGCAG